AUGGAGAACAGAUUCAGCUUUCCUCACAGAGCGCCUCAGGAUGAGUAUUUACAAUAUAAACCAGCACGCGCGGUAGCAAAUACUAAUAUCACGUCCACGAGCACGAGUCUUAGGUUUAAAGAGAAGGAUGUGAUGCAUGGCUUGAACGAUCGCCUUGCAGGAUUCAUAGAAAAGGUGCACCAGCUGGAGCAGCAGAAUCAGCAGCUGGAGAGGGAGAUCGAGGAGAUCAGAGGUAAAGCAAAGCCCGCAUCCUGUUUGAGGGAGGAAUACGGGCCAGAGCUGAGGAAACUGAGACAGCUGGUUCAGGAAAUCUCUAAGCAGAAGCAUCAGAUUGAAAUCGAUCAUCAAAAUUUAGAGGAUGAGCUGUCCAAGUUAAGAAGGCAACACGAACAGGAGGCGCGCGGCAGAUCAGACGCAGAGAGAAGUAUCGUGCUCCUCAAGAAGGACAUCAGUGACGCGUAUCAGGCCAAGCUACACCUGGAUAAGAAGGCGCAAGCUCUCGUGGACGAAAUCCACUCCCUAAAGAGAAACCACGAGGCCGAAGUGUCAGAGAUGCAUGAUCAAAUCCAGAAUGCGCAGGUGAGCGUCAGAGCGCACGGAUUUGGCGACCCUUGCGUCACUGCCGCACUGAGGGACAUCAGAGCGCAGCUGGAAGGUCAUACCGUGUCAGACCUCCAGCAGGUGGGAGAAACGUUCAGAUCUCAGUUUGCAAAACUAACGGAGGCCGCUGAGAGCAAGAGGGAGGCGAUAAAGGUGAGCCAGCAGGAGAUCCAGGAGUACAGGAGGAGGCUCCAAGCCAAGAGCAUCGAGCUGGACUGCGCUAAAGGCACCAGAGAGGCGCUGGAGAAGCAGCUGCAUGACGUGGAGGACAGGCACAAGGAAGAGAUGAUUCAUUACCAGAACACAAUCAAAGAGCUCGAAAAUGAGCUCAUAAAUUGCAAGUUUGACAUGUCUGGCUAUCUGAGGGAGUACCAGGACCUGUUAAAUGUGAAGAUGGCUUUGGAUGUGGAGAUACUGUCCUACCGGAAACUCCUCUGUGGCGAGGAGGCUCGCCUAUCCUCAAUGUCCGACUCCCACAUCUCCCUGCCCUACAUCUACCACCAGUCCCCUGUCUACACCCUGCCCUGCCUCAGCAGACCGGGGGCACCGUACAGACGAGCCGAGCCGCAGUACAAGUUCGUAGAGGAGAUCAUAACGGAGACGACCAGGGAGAUAGAGAUGUCUGAGUUUGAAGAGACGGCGUCAGAGGAGAGUGAGGGGGGAAGGGGCCAGGGGGAGUGUGCAAAAAGGGAUAAAGGGAGCAGCGAGGAGGAAGAAGAUGGUCAUAAAGACGGUGGAGAGGCAGAUGGUGAGCAGGUGUCUGAUAGUGAGCAGGAUCACACAGAUUUCAUAAAUCGAGGUGAUGAUAGUGGGAAGAUCAAAGGAGAGACAGAGGGAGCAGCAGAUUAUAAGGGUGACGGUAGCAUAGAUAAAAACGCUACAGGUGAAAUUUUAGCAAGUCAAAUCAAGGACAGGGAAGGGCAUGACGAAGAUGAAAUCACAGGAGAUCAAAAAGGCACUACAGUGCAUAAAGAUCAUCCUUUAGAACCAGAGGAGAGAAAGCAUGAUGAUGGUAAAAAAGGAAACGCUGAGAGAGAUCAAGAGACCAAGCCUGUUGAUGAAACCUUGGCCAGUUUAUCUCAAGUAUCAGGGGAAACUCAAGAGCUUCACAGUGAUCAGGAAAAAGACAAGGGUUCCACUUUGGCUUCAGAAACAGCUGAAAAACCCAAAGAGACCACUUUACCUGAAAAGACUAAACAUACUUCAAAUAAGGCUCCAGUAUCUUCAAGUACAACCAACAAGAUUAAGGAAAAGAAAACAACUGAAGAUACAGGAGAAGAGAACAGAGCAGAAAAACACAUCCAAGAUGAUAAUAAAGGUUUAGAUAAAUCUGAGCUGAAUAGUCUUCCUGAAGCCCAGGGUAAGAAGCCAAACAAUGCAGUCCCAGGUGUUUUACUAAAGGAGAAAACAAAUGCAGAUGUUAGAGAAGAACAUCAGGGGGCAGCAGAAAGUGGACAGAAGCAGAAGUCAAAGCUAACUGAGGUUUCAGAGAAAAAUAAAGAGCCUCAUGGUAAACCUGAGAAGAUGGACGGUGGCAAAGCAGCGACAUAAGAGUGCAAACAUUACAGGAAGAUAUCUGCUGAGCUAGAGGGAGGAUAAGCCUCUUCUACCAAUGACACAGCAGGAGAAAAGCACAUAUCAGGGACAGAG